UAUACUGUGAAAGACUGUGUGCCGCGAUGUCAUCGACUGGUGAAUUUUCGACACUAUCGAGCGGCGAAGCCACCGGAACCGGUGAGGACUCGUUGCCGAGCUCGAGAGAGGCGACUGCCGAGGCCGCGGGUUCCGGCGGUGGCUUCAUGCCGCUGCGCGAGUUCCUGGACAGAUUCUCACUGCCGAGAGUGGUCAGGGUCGAAGGUGCCGGUGGAAGGCCGAUACUGCUGUACAAGCAACAGCAGAGAUCACUCAGAGUCACGGCUACGCUGCUGAUGCAUCGUUACCGUCACGACGUUAAAGUGGGACCGGAAAUAGUCAUCCCGGAAGGCUAUCCCGGCUGGUUCUCAGUGGUUUCCAAUAAUAGCGGUACCGGAAAUGCCAGAGUGUACAGAAGAGUCGGUGCGUUGGUGCGCGCUGGUGUGCCGGCGUUCUUACUCGCGAAACCAUUGCGAGCUUACACGUUGACGCACUCUAAAAUGGAGAAUGGAAAUUUGCGAGCCCAUUACACGAAGACGACGGUACGCCCUGGCGAAGUCCUGCGGUUGACCGCCGUCUUUCAGGACACACGUCGGGCUCCGGUCGCCGGUGGCGUGUCUGGAGUAAUCCCGGAAGGCAAAUCUUCGAGAUCCUCAGAGAGGGAUCAGUACGCUCAAUGCUUGGACUCUCAUGGGCACGAGCUGUUCGCGCCGCUUUCGGCUAGAGGCGAGUUCUACGCGAUCUGUCAAAGCGGCAGCCUCGACACCGGCAGCGACGCGGUACUCUACAGAGUUCACCAACUCGCCAGGAGGGAUCUUCCCCUGAGGGUACGUCUGGUUGCUGGACCUCUGCCUAUACCGCUGCCCCGAGAUUACAGUGGUCUGAUGCAGUUGGAGAACGCAAAUAGAGGGCCCAUAGUUCUCGGCUGCGCGGUGCCGUUGAUGCCUGAAAGACCUUUACCUAAUUCCACGGUGCCGGAGCUCCUGGAACUCGUCGCUACUGGUCCAACUGCGCCGAGAGUGAAAAGGGCACGAUUGGGAUGCCCUUCCGAGGCGAGACUGCUUGCAUCGCCGAAAAUGCAGCGAUUACUCUCGGCUUGCAGAAGAGCCUUAGACCAGCGGGCUACCGAGCCGCGAGUCGCUCCGCCGAAACCGGCGUCCAACAACAGUCAGUUGAAGGAGCUGCACUUGAAGGAGAUUAAAGCGAAGCCUGAGGCGAAGCCGAUACUGCAAAGUCUGAAGGAGGGUCUGGAGCACAUCAAGAAGACGACGAUCCGCGAUCGGAGCAACAGCCGCAAUGUCGGCAACAACAAUAGCUUCCUCGACAGGAUCUCGAGGAUAGCGCAGGGUGGUAGAAGCAGGAACCCGGCGAAGAAGUCGGCGUCCUUCACAUUCGCCAUACGACCGGAGAUCGGUAUGCGAUCGCCCGAGAGGUAUGCCAGUCUCGAGUCGGAAACGAAUCUGAUGCAGGCAGCGCAGGCGUCGUCCAGGCAGCAGGUGCAACGUUCGGUCUCGACCAGCGUUCUCGAGGUACUGAGCAGCAGCACGGAUAUGGAUCCACCAUAUUCCAAAGUCAGAGACAGCUUGACGCCACUGCCUCCCACACCGCCGCCAAAACCGGAAGAGAUAUACGCCGAAAUCUGUGAACUCGGGAGCAGUCCGUUGCGAGACUCGUCGUACGAGGAGGAAAAAUUACCUCUCGCGGGAAAAAAUGGCACCAGGGAACGAGAUCGAGGGGGUUACGUGAAGCUUGCGUUGUCUCAUUCCGAGGUGUCCGACCUGUCGGCGAGCACCGGCGACGAUGAAGAGGGCAUUUAUAAUACUGUGUGUUGAGAGUGCGCGUCUUCUUCUGUGGGUCUUCUGGGGAUAGAAUCAACAUCCGUUUACGACUCGCGGUAAUUGACUUCAUGGUUAACCGGAACAAAUGACGUGAUGUGUAAAGAGUAGAGAGGUCACGGAAAUUCUUGGUCGCAGCUGCGAAUGUCGACGAACAUCUGUAACCGCGAAUGAUAUUGGUGAACGUUUGUCUUGUAAAGAAGAUGUUUGAAAGAAUCUGUAAUGUUAGAAUGGUCGAGUCAGUAAAUUUUUACAAAUGUUUUUUUUUAAUGACGAAGAAUAUAAAAACCAAGUGUUUUAUAGAUUGAAAAAUAAUUUUAUUUUUAUACACAAGAUUAAAAAUUAUUCUCCAAAGUGUUCUCAUCGAUUCUCGACGUUCUACUAUUAAAGGGCGAAGCAAAACGGACAGGUACGGCGCGUUUUCCGCGUUAGAGAGAAAAACACCGAGAGACGGAAGCGAUAGAUAUCGAUCGCGUCCGCGAAAGAUGAGGAUUGAGAUUAACGGCUCGGCUCGUCGUCAAGGAAAUUACUCCGCUAGCAGUUUCUUUCGUCGCGGGAGGAUCCGAGUGUCGAGGAGUCGCCGAUACGAACGCGAGCGUCAUGGGAUACCGCGUGGAAUGAUUUACAAGGCUGUUGACCGAGGAAAAUGAUCCCGUAAUUACGGGCCCCGGUACACGCUGCUGCAGCGGAUGUAGUGGGGCACGCCAGCCGGACCUGCACGCAGCAACGCUUCUUCGUGGCUUCCGUCAUUAAAGAAUCUGUCGCGAGAGGCAUGUUAAUAGUAGCGGGUUCCGCGAUUACCUCGGCCACGGCCGCUGGGUGACAUUGAUAUCGGAAAAAUGCACUAAAAAAAAUAAUCCGUUCAUCGUUGAAAAUUGUUGUCGAUGAUGUGAUUCUAACAAACGUGUAUUUGUUUCAUCACUAAUAAAUCUAAUGGAACUUUGAGAUUAAAUCAAA